AUGGACGAGCUGAACGAGAGAGCUGAUGGUUUUGUUCGCCUUGAGGAGGAAGAGGCAGCUAAUUCGAGAAAGACGUCAAUUAUUUCGACGGAAGAGAAGUCCAUAGCCAAGAUCUGUCUGACGGUUGCAGAAUGCCUGGUUCGAAGAGUUUUGAUUGAUCCAGGAAGUAGUACGAAUGUUAUGCCCAGGGUGACGUUCGACCGACUUGAGAUCGAACCCGAAAAACUCAAACCCACAGGAAAUCCGUUGCUCGGAUUUAAUAGGAAGCGAGUGGAUCCCAUCGGAAUGGUGGAAUUGACAGUACAAGCUGCUGAGCGAGUUUUGACUGAGAGUUUUGUAGUCGUGGAAAUUUAUCCAUCCUACAAUCUCUUGAUGGGCAGAGGGUGGAUUCACAGAGUUCAGGGCGUCCCAUCAACCUUGCAUCAAGUGAUGCGAUGCUUGGGUCCAGAUGGAACCAAAGUGAUUGACAUACAUGGGGACCAGGUUGCAGCUAAAGAAUGUUAUUCAGAACCUCCUCCUAGUAGAGAUGGGGAGGAGGAGCCACCAGUUCUGACCACAGAACCUCUUCAUGAAGUGAAGAUUGACCAUAAGAAGCCGGACCGAACAAUAAGGGUGGGAUCCAGACUUGCUGAAGAGGAAAAACUAGAGUUGACUGAUUUCUUGACUCGGAAUGCAGAUAUUAUAGCAGAGGAGGUUGAUCAGUUGCUUGAAGCAGGAUUCAUCAGAGAAGUUCAGUACCCGGCUUGGCUCUCCAAUGUUGUUGUAGUGCAGAAAAAGAAUAGGAAAUGGAGAGUGUGUAUUGACUUCACUAAUCUGAACAAAGCUUACCUAAAGGAUAGUUUCUCAUUGCCAAUGAUUGAUCAAAUGGUGGAUGCCACCACAGGAUACGAGCGAUUAACUUUCCUGGAUGCUUAUUCCGGUUAUAAUCAAAUCCCCAUGGAUCCAGUUGACGAAGAGAAAACUUCUUUUGUUACUGAACGAGGGACUUAUUGCUACAAAGUUAUGCCGUUUGGAUUAAAAACGCUGGAGCUACUUAUCAGAGGAUGA